AUGAAAUCCCCCAUCUCUCUUCUCGCGGCCGUCGGCGUAGCCUCGGCUGCCUCCCCGCAGACCCUCUUGUCCCUCGCCUCCACCGCGUCCGACAUCAUCGACGCUUCGCCGUUCCUCUCGUUCCACCGCGACAUCGUCCAGAUCCCCUCCGUCUCUGGUAACGAGACGGCCGUAGGCACCUUCGUGGCGGAAUUCCUCGAAUCGCACAAUUUCACCGUCAUCAAGCAGCCCGUCCCCUCAUCCUCCAAAGGCGACCCCGACCGCUUCAACAUCUUCGCCUACCCAUCCACCUCGCCUUCCCAAGACCGCCCUGAGAUUCUCCUGACCAGCCACAUCGACACCGUACCCCCCUUCAUCCCCUAUGGGCUCCACGAUGACGCAAACAACAACUCCAACAUCCUCAUCUCCGGCCGCGGCACCGUAGACGCCAAAGCCAGCGUUGCCGCCCAGAUCUUCGCCGUCCUCGAUACCCUCGAAUCCAACCCAUCCGCUAGCCUAGGCCUCCUCUUCGUUGUCGACGAAGAAGUUGGUGGCCUCGGCAUGCGCACUUUCUCCGACAACUCCACUCUCAACCCUUCCCCGUCCCCCUACCACACCGUCAUCUUCGGUGAACCCACCGAGCAGGCCCUCGUCGCCGGUCACAAAGGCAUGCUGGAGUUUCCCAUCAUUGCAACUGGCCAGGCCGCUCACUCGGGAUACCCUUGGCUCGGUAGCAGCGCCAUCUCCGCCCUCCUGCCCGCCCUGUCGCGGGUUGAUCAUCUAGGCAAGAUCCCAGAAGCGGAGGGCGGACUUCCCGCGAGCGAUAAAUACGGCGAAACCACCGUGAACAUUGGGCGCGUGGACGCUGGCGUCGCGGCCAACGUAGUGCCCUCGUCUGCCAUCGCUGAGGUGGCGAUCCGUCUGGCGGCGGGGACGCCCGACGAGGCGAGGGACAUUGUUGCACGUGCGGUGAGAAAUGCCACGGGUGGUGACGAGCAUGUGUACUGUGACUUUGCUGCGUAUGCUGGUGGGUACGCGCCUCAGGACCUGGACACAGACGUUCCCGGAUUUGAGAUCACCACGGUGAACUAUGGUACGGAUGUGCCGAACCUGAAGGUCUCCGAGGGAGUUAAGCGCUACCUGUAUGGCCCGGGUAGUAUCCAUGUUGCGCAUGGUGAUAAUGAGGCUAUUACUGUCGGACAAUUGGAGGAGGCGGUCCGUGGGUACAAGCGGCUCAUUGAGGCUGCUGUGCAGCGGGCUCGCAGGAAUUAA